ACCCCCAUUCCACGUCCUUCCCGCGCCACUGGUUCACAAUCGAGCAUUGGCUUGAAAGUUGUCGACCACAGACUGACAUAGAAAAGCCAAGUGGAUUCGAUUCGAUUCUGCACUGGUCAUACUAGUAGAUAUUCAUUCGGUUCCUACAGUAGCUAGCAGAACACUCUAUUAGAUUGAUUGAUUGUGAUUACUGUAUCCCAAGUAAGAGCUCGACCAUGGACCGACCGGACGACGAUGAAGAUCUUCCCGUGGCAAUGCCGUUGGAAGACAAUGGCAACGACGACGAGGGUGGUGGCAUUGUAGCUGCCCGUUUGCUCCACCAUCGUGUGGUUCAGCAGGGAACGUCCUAUCUACACGGACUGGUUCAAGAUCCCGAGACGACAUGUCUAGUUGGCAGGGGAUGCCAACCCAUUCUGGAUCGAAUCAACGAAUAUCCCGACGAUGUCCAUUACACGGAACCACGGACUGGGCGGUCGGUGUUACACGAGGCAUGUCUGCGCUGUUCCUGCCUGCAUGUCAUUUCGGCCAUUUUAGCCGUGAAUACUGGGAGAGCCAUGGCAAUCGACAACUCGGGCAAUACGCCGCUUCAUCUGCUUUUGGUGGGAAUCAACACUCAUGCCAUGGACACGCAUGCUUUGGGUGCCACUAUCGAUGCAUUGCUGGCAGAAAAUGCAUCGGUCCUAGCGUCGGUUUGCAAUCGAUCCGGAGACACGGCAUUGCACAUUGCAGCCAAAGCACCCGAAACCAUGAUUCCUCUAGAAUGCUUUCGACGAAUUUUAGAAGCCAAUCGAACCAGCGCCACACGGGUAAACAAUUUAAACCAAACGCCUCUGUCACUGCACUGUCAACGAAGACAAGGCUCCAAAGAAGUAGCACAGAUGCUGCUAUCCGCUGCGCCAGAUGCCAUUCGUAUUGUCGAUACCAACGGAUGGAGCCCACUCCACUACGCCGCAGAAAAUGCCAAUUUCGAAUUGAUUAAAUUGCUACUGGGAUAUGAACAAACUGCGGCUAGCGCCAGGACCACGUCGCUUUUGGAAACUCCCUUGCAUCUAUUGUGCCGAAAAAAUGUUGGAGAGCGCCACCUUCCGGCGAUUCAAUCGUUGCUCGAGGCAGAUCCCAGGGCUGUAUGUGCCCGAGACGCCAAAAAAUCACAAACACCACUCCAUUUUAUUUGCAAAAAUACAAGAGUGCCUGCCAAACUUGUAGCAUGCAUUGUGGAUUGUUUUCCGGGAGCCGCUUCUAUUCCAGACAACAACAAUUAUCUACCCAUUCAUCACGCCGCCGAGGUGGGUGCGCCCACGGAUGUCAUCUCCUGCUUGCUUGCAGCACAUCCGACAGGAGCCAUGGCCAAAACCAGAAAAAACGACUCGGCGCUUUCGUUGGCAUGUGCCUGUAACAAAUCCACCGAAACGGUGGCAUUAUUGAUUCAAGCCAAUCCCGUCGCUUUGACCGAGAAAAAUCACUACGGGUUUGUCCCGUUGCAUUGUGUGUGUGGGGCCGUGCAGCCGAGAAUGGGAAUUGUGGAAGAAAUUCUCAAGGUGUGUCCCAAAAGUGUGGCCACCAAAAGCAACGGCGGCGAAUCACCCAUGCACACGGCUUGCGGAAAUCCCAGCACAUGUGUCGGAGUCAUUGAAAUUUUGACCACACAAUACGAGAUCAAUACCGACGGUUCUGCCGAACUUGCUUUGAUUCGGAAUAGACAAAUGACGAACAAGAUUGGAAACACUCCAUUGCACAAUGCUUGUUUUCGGGGCUCGCCGUUCGAGCACAUUGAAACUCUGGCAAUGUCCAAUCCACAGUGGGUAAAAUGCACAAACAAUGCUGGAUACACGCCUUUACAAAUUAUGUGCAAGAACGCGAGGUUGCAAGAUAGGGUUAUUACAACGUUUUCUAGGAUUGGAGGCCCUGGUGUCUUUUCCGUUGUGGACAUGACAGGCAACACACCGCUUCAUUCUGCCAUGCGGGAAGAGACAGAUAUCGAAGCAUUGCGAUGUUUGAUUCGAGCGUUUCCGGAUGCACUGCACAUGAAAACAAGUUACGGGGAUACACCACUGCAUCUGGCUUGCUUUCGGCGCGUCGAUCCUGAGGUAGUGCGCGAAGUAGCACUAUCCUACAACGAACCGCCUCUUCUCACCCCGAACAUGGCUGGGCAAACCCCGAUUGGCAUUGCCAUGGAGGAGUUCCAAUCGGUUUGCAGAAGCGGAUGCCACUGCAAUUCCAAAACAGACUACAAGCCUGGGCAAAAAAAGGCCUUUGAUGUUUUAGCGACAUUGGUGAAAAUUCUUCACUAUGGUUCAUCACAACAUGACGACAGAGACCGAAUGGGGAGCUUGCUGAUGGCCUGCGUUUCCCUCCAUCGACGCGACGUGCGGUUAGAUCCAGCGUUCAUCCGACGUGCCAUGCAUCUCUAUCCCGAGGAAGCGCGGAUAAAAGACGAAGAGGGUUACCCCUUGCAUGUGGAAGCAAGUAUUCCGGUUGAGAAAUACACACUGUUGAAUGGUUGCUCCAAUGGUACUUGCUCGAAUUGCCACAGUCGACUCGGGGUUUUGAGAAUGCUGUUUGAGUUGUACCCGGACGCUUGUCGAACACGCAACAAUUCUGGCGAGUUCCCACUGAACCUCAUGAUUCAGAAUGGUCGUGCCUGGGAUCAAUCAUUUGCCCUAGUGCUGAAAAGCUUUCCUCAGGCACUUCAUUGGUCCGUCGGCGACAAGCACAAGCUGUUCCCUCUCCUUUUGUCCAAGGUCUCUAGGGAGUGCGGUAUUGACACCUUGCACACGCUGAUCAGGAGCCGUCCUGAUAUUGCCUUGCGAUCGCGUUCAGAGGAGUAGUUGAUCGCCCUCUACCGCUCCGAUAAGUAAUUUAAACUGGUUUGGCUCUGGAGCAGAACACGUACUAUAGCAUCACUGUCAUACGAUUUUAGCAAAAAGUGACUGAACUAAGUAAGUUUACUCACAAACUGCCAAUCC